AAGAGUAGUGGUAGAAAUAAUCCCACAUACCAAGCCUCAAGCUUCCUUGCAAUGAGGGCAUCACUCUCCUUUACCAAGGAGCCACACAGUCAGAGAGAAAUGGCAGGAAUGUGGAACAUUGGAGAGUGUCAUGUGGAUUAGCCUGGCUCCAUAGCUUGCAAUAUAUGAUUCCGGAAGAUAUGGGGUCAACCCAACAGCUUUGCUCCUGCAAAACUUUUGGGUAAGUUCACCAGCAGCAUGUUUUUAGAUCUUCCUGUAUCUGAAGUUAUGUUCUCUAACUUUUCAGGUGCUCUCGACUUUGAACACAUUGAAGAGCAAGCAGAAGGCAUCUUUGGAGGAAGUGAGGAGAACACCCCUCUGGACUUGGAUGAUCACGGCGGCAGAACCUUCCUCCGUGUCCUGCUCCACCUGACGAUGCAUGACUACCCACCCCUGGUGUCGGGGGCCCUGCAGCUCCUGUUUCGGCACUUCAGUCAGAGGCAGGAGGUCCUCCAGGCCUUCAAACAGGUUCAACUGCUGGUUACCAGCCAAGAUGUGGACAACUACAAACAGAUCAAACAAGACUUGGAUCAACUGAGGUCCAUCGUGGAAAAGUCAGAGCUUUGGGUGUACAAAGGGCAGGGCCCCGAUGAGACCAUGGAUGGUGCAUCUGGUGAAAAUGAGCACAAGAAAACGGAGUGGCCAGGGUAA